AUGCCGAAAGAGAAGAGGGACAGGAAGAAGAUGGGGACGGCGUUUAUAUACCCUGCUGGUCGUCCUAAAAAGGCUGGGUGUCAAACCUUCAUUUAUCGAUAUUUUAUUGUAUGGCGGCGGGGGAGCAUUUGCGCGACAGUGACUAAGACCACUCCGAGCAUCGUCAAAUUGUGUACGAGUCUCGUAGAUUGA